CAGCUAAGCGGAGCCCAGUUACACCUGCGAAGAGAAAAACUGGCUACCACCGCCCUGAGCUUAUGCCUCUCACGCCCACCUCACGCACCAACAACCCGGGGUCGUCCCUGGUGCUAAUCCAAGUUUGCCGGGAGACUGGGCGGUGGGCUGGCGCUGCAGUGUCGCACGGCGGUCAAGAACGUGCCCAAGUUUCCCCUCUGAAAGUCUUAGUUUGGAGGAGUCAGAGGAGAAGAGCAAGUCGCUAUUAUAUGCCCAAUUUGGAAGCCAUUUAUCUUGGAAGCACAAGGCGUUCUGCAACUCUAGAAAGCAAAUAACUGAGGUCAGUUAACCAGGUGUGGGAGGGUGACUCGUAACCUCACACACCUGCCUCAGAGCAACGCCUGGGAGUGUGGAGCCAAGUGCCAGACUCUUUACUGCCUUAUCAUGAGCAGCAGAAGUUACUUCUUGCUGCUAAAAGACUUGAGAGACUUGGAAGAGAACGAGUAUACGGGUAUUACUGCCUUUCCUGUAAGUGAAGACAAGUUGAAAUGGGAAGCUAGUAUUGAAGGUCUAAAGGAUACAAUUUGGCAUGGAAUAUACUUCCCGCUGACAAUAAAUUUUACAGCAGAAUAUAAUCUCGUCCCUCCAGUUGUGAAAUUUAAACGCAUUCCUUUUCAUCCAAAUGUAGACCAACAUACUGGUCGACCCUGUAUAGAUUUUUUGGACGACCCUCGUAAGUGGAAAACAAGCUAUACAUUGAGCAGCAUCUUACUCACCCUCCAGGUUAUGCUUUCUAAUCCAGUGCUAGAAAAUCCAGUGAAUCUGCAAGCAGCCCAAACACUGGUUGAAAAUGAAACUGUAUACAAACUAAUAGUUCAGAAACUUUUCCGUGAGAAAUUAUCAUUGGAUAAAGACAGCAGCUCUGAUUUAUCUAAAGACUCAAAUAAAUUAAUCAGAGCAAUUAGAGUCUCAUUUGAUGAUUAUCACAAGACCUGGUCUGAUCUAGCUACGUCCAAGGCUGCGGAAAGUUUCAGAACCCCACUGCUCGAGAAUCCAGGUUUCAUUGGACAGUAUCAUAAGUGGAAGAAAAUGGAGCAAAAACAUCAGAAAGAAUGGAAUUUAAAGUAUGCUGCUGCCAAGGCUCAGUAUACUAGAGAAACUAAAACUCCUCACAAAGCCCAGUAUCAAAGCAGCAGAAUUUAUCCCUCCCCAGUUUCAGAUUCACCAUCUGAAACAGAAGUUGUCUUAAAGAUACAUGAAGCAGAAGAGUGGGAAGAUGAUGGUGAGCACAUACAUGAGCCAGGGGAAGAGGAAGUGGAGGAACUGGUCAACUGGACCCAUACUCUUAAUUCAGAUACUUUAGAUGUGUAAGCCAAAGGCCCCAGGAUUUAAAAAAGAAACAGCCUCAACCACAGCUCAGCUUCAUGGAGCAACUUUGGAAGACUCUCAGAACUUGGAUUCCAUCCCCCACCCCCCAAGUUGGUCUCAUCCUCUCAC